AUGGCAUCAAACCCCCCCUCAUCCCCGCUAGAGUGGCUCGGCGCGAUGCUUAAGGAAGCCCAUGCAGCCCAGCGGGCAGCGGAAAACGAACUCGACGAAGUCAAGCGCCAGCUUCGUACCGCCCAGGACACUAUCGCAGCGCAGAAGCAGGAACUUGUGAAGUCGAGGCAAGACCUGGAAUUGGCGAGGGCGGAGACGAAAAGUGUGAGUGAUCCAUUGGUAAGGGUAAUGGCAAGGAGUACUGAGAACGCGCAGCAGUUCCAAAAGCUGGCAUUCCAAAAGGCUACGCAGCAAAUCCAGACUCAAGGAUUUCCGCAAGGCUGUAAUCCGCAGACACACCGCAACCAGCUCGCGCAGCACUAUUUCCGCCAAUUGACCCGGUAUCAGCAGCAAGGUCAACAGCAGCGUGAGGAGGAAGGACAGUGA